CAUCUGUGACGGAACGGCCACCACCGCUACUCUUGGACUUUGUCCGAUACCAGUCAACGAACCUUGGAACGUCGCUUAUCACCUAGCCAGCCUACUAAUGCAGCGGAAUCUCAGUCUGCCUCUGGGGCGUGGUACCGGCACGGCUAUGGCUGCGCCGCUCACGCGAAUGCUCUUCUUUGUGCAGGUCAGUCAGAAUGCAACGUGCGAUGCUUAUUCUAUUCUCAUUCUGCCGGUACCACCCCCAGUGCUUUUUGCGAGUGUAAGAGCUCAUGCCUGCCGCUUUCGACCUGUGUUUUGUAGGCGCUACCGGAUCAAAUUGCUACGCCUUUUCGCAUUUUACUUUUUGUUGUUACUUGUAUUUGGUGACGUCGAGAUGAACCCAGGCCCGGACGAUUCAGUUCUUAAACAGGUUUUAGACGGACAAAAGGAAAUUAAGGAAAAGCUGGCUGCUAUUGAAAAAAACCAAGCCGAAAGUAACUCUGCCAUAUCGGACCUCAACGAACUAGAGCGAGCGCAUCGUCUUGGAAGGCAUAAUCCUAAUAAAAAGCGACCAAUAAUGGUCAAGUUUUUUUCGUUUCAGGAAAAGCAGGCAGUGUUAUCAAGCGCAAGGAAAUUGAAGGGCUCAGAUAUUAGUAUUUCGGAGGACUUUUCCGAGAGCGUGCGCAAAAAGCGGAAACGACUGUGGGAUUGUGCUAAGGCGAAUCAAGGGAAAACUGACAAAGUAAACAUCAAGUUCACUAUUCUUUAUAUAAAAAAGGUGAAAUACGUCUAUGAUGAAUCCCUGGACUAA